UAGCCCAACCAGUGCUGCAAGGUGGCAGUAAUGAUCUUUGGACUGGAGCUUUGUUGAUUUCUCUUUUUUCCAUCUGGUUGGUUUACCGGCUGUUUGGCAGCGGCAGUUGGGACUGAGGAGCGAGGGCAAUUGAGCAGCAUGUCCAAGCCAAUUAGAUUCUAUUACGAUUUGUUGUCCCCGAUCGCCCGUGGUCUAUGGUUAGGUUUAAAAUUGGGCAACUCGCCCAUUGAGUAUUGCCCCAUUGCCCUGCGAAAAUUUGAGCAAUUGACCGACGAGUACAAGAAGAUCAAUCGAUUCCAGAAGGUGCCCGCCAUUGUGGAUGGUGACUUCCACUUGUCGGAGACCAUAGCGAUUAUAAGAUAUCUCGCAGACAAAGGUCAGUUCGAUGAGAAGCUCUAUCCAAAGUCAGUGGAGUCUCGUGCCCGAGUGGAUGAGUUCCUUGAGUGGCAACACCUGAACAUUCGACUGGCCUGUUCCCUGUACUUCCGAGAUGCCUGGCUGUUUCCCAUGAAUGGAAUAGCGCCGAAGCCCAAGCCAGAACAGAUUCAAGCGCUGAUUGAGGGAGUGGAAACCAAUCUGGGUCUUCUGGAGCUCCUGUGGCUGGAAAAUGACUUUUUGGUGGGGAAAACCCUGACAAUGGCUGAUAUUCUUGGCUCUUCCGAAAUCAACCAGCUGAGGCUCUGCCAAUACAGAGUGGACGAGGUAAAGUUCCCAAAGGUGGCCAAAUGGUUGGAACGCGUAAGGGAUACCACAAAUCCCUACCAUGACGAGGGACUGACUUUUAUUGACCGAAAAUCUAAGCAGGCAACGGCGGCAAAGUUGUAAGGACUGAAGUACUUACCAGUUUCGGGAUAAUCAAAUUUACAUAAUUAGUUUUUAGUUGUUUAGUUUGGAUUUGUCUGCUUUUGUACAAAUAUUAAAAAUUACUGUGUUUGAUAUGUUUCGCUCUAAA